AUGCACCCUUCUGACGGCCCAGGUCAGAGCCUGGACCAGGAAAUGCUACACGACGCGGUGCUCAAGGAGACUUGCCACGUCGAGCGGGAUGGCAUGUGGGCUAGGUCUCGCAUGGAGCCUCGUUUUUGGGAGCGCGUCCGAACCAGCACUCCCUGGGCUCGCGAUCUGGACUUUCAAACCAUCCGCACCUUGGCCCUCGGGCUAACCCAGGCCGCCUGGGCACAUUUUAAGAACCCCAAGUUUGAUCGUAAGGGCAAGCGUCGGCCUUGCUGUAAGCUCGCCGUGGCGUCGCUCCGAUUUUCCAGCGACAUUGGGACGUACGAGGACCACCUCAACCAGGAGAGGCCCGUGGCCCUGGUUCUUUGA